CACCCACCCACCACCACCACCGGCGCCGCGGCUGGCGCCCACCGCGUUCCCCACGUCGCCGUCGCCGCCGCCGCCGCCCGAUCCGACCCACCGACAGGCCGGCUUGGCCCUCGUAGUAAAUUAGUAGAGGAUGGGUGUGAUAUCGCGGAAGGUCCUGCCAGUGUGCGGGGCCCUGUGCUACUUCUGCCCCGGGCUCAGGGCACGGUCCAGGCAACCCGUUAAGCGGUACAAGAAGAUCCUUGCUGAAAUCUUCCCCAGAUCACAGGACGAAGAACCAAAUGAGAGAAGGAUCGGGAAGCUGUGCGAGUACGCCGCCAAGAACCCUCUUCGAGUGCCCAAGAUCACAGUUUACCUGGAGCAAAGGAUUUACAAGGAAUUAAGAGCCGAGCAGUAUGGUUUUGCAAAAGUGGUGAUGCUGAUAUACCGCAGACUGCUGGUUUCUUGCAAAGAACAAAUGCCACUGCUUGCGAGUAGCUUACUAAGCAUUGUACACACACUUUUGGAUCAAAAGAGGCAGGAUGACAUGCGCAUAAUAGCUUGUGAAACCUUGUUUGAUUUUGCUGUCAAUCAGGUGGAUGGUACAUAUCAGUUCAAUCUAGAAGGGCUGGUUCCAAGACUUUGUGAACUAGCUCAAGAAGCAGGAGAGGAUCAGAGAGCAACUUCACUGCGUGCUGCAGGCCUGCAAGCUCUUUCAGCUAUGAUCUGGUUCAUGGGAGAGCUUUCUCAUAUCUCGUCAGAGUUUGAUAAUGUUGUUGAAGUUGUAUUGGAAAACUACAAACCUCAGAGGGCCCAGAUUGAUGACCAAGUUACCAAAGUUCCAGACAAUGAAUUUGCACAAGAAGUCCCCAAAACAGAGGAAAAUAACUCCCCCUUUGUCAUUAUCGAGAUCCCCACCUGGGAGAGCAUAGUUAAUGCUAAGGGAGGAGUUAACCUGCCUACGGAAGAUGCUAAGGAUCCUAAGCUUUGGUCCAGAAUCUGUGUGCACAAUAUGGCAAAGUUUGCUAGGGAGGCAACAACAUUCCGUCGUAUCUUAGAGUCUGUGUUCCGGUGCUUUGGUAGCAGUAGUUCCUGGUCACCAGAUAAUGGACUUGCUCUGUGUGUAUUGUUAGACAUGCAACUGUUAGUGGAACACUCAGGGCUAAACAUGCACUUACUGCUGGCUCUACUGAUAAAGCAUAUUGAAAACAAAGCAAUGGUGAAGCAACCAGACAUGCAGCUUAGCAUCGUGGAAGUGGCAGCUAUCCUUGCAGAGCAAUCUAAUGCUCAGGCUUCAGUAGCAACUAUAGGUGCCAUAAGUGAUCUAGUCAGGCAUUUAAAGAGAACAUUCCAUAUUACUCUUGGUAGCAAAGAUGUGGAGCUAGUAAAAAGGAACGAAAAAUACCGAAAAGCCAUAGAUGAAUGCCUAGUGGAACUGGCAAAGAAGGUAUCUGAUGCUGGGCCAGUUCUUGAUAUGAUGGCGGUGAUGCUAGAGAACAUUUCAAGCACUCCUGUUGUGGCCAGAUCAACUGCGGCUGCUGUUUAUCGCACAGCUCAAAUAAUUGCGUCUGUGCCAAAUAUUCAAUAUCAGAAUAAGGUGUUCCCAGAAGCUCUAUUUCAUCAGUUACUCUUAACAAUGAUCCACCCUGAUCAUGAAGCUCGUGUGGCUGCCCACCGCAUAUUUGCUAUUGUCUUGGUCCCCUCCUCCGUUUCCCCUAUACUUCAAGCAAGUGCUACAAGCCAGGCUAGGGCACAUGACAUGCAGAGAACACUCUCUAGGGCUGUCUCCGUGUUUUCAUCUUCAGCUGCUAUCUUUGACAAGUUGAAAAAGGAUAAGCACUCUGACAAUUCACAAGGAGAAAGCAAGAGUAAUUCGCACGGCGUUAGUGAAGAGACUGGAAGUGCUAAUCGGCAAAAGCUACCUGUGUCUCAAAGCCGCCGCAGUAGCAUGAGAAUGCCUAACUUCUCCAUGAAAAAAGGUCCAUCAAUGGCUUUGAGAGCUCCUUCAUCUGUUAAAGCUCCCUCCAUUGUUCUUAGAGGUCCUUCAAUGGCUCUGAGAGCACCUUCUAUGUCUGUGAAGGAAGAAAAAAAAUCCUCAAGCAAGUCAGAUGAUGAAAUGGAUACACUUUUGCUGAAGUUGAGUAGUCGUCAGAUCACCCUUUUGCUGACAUCCAUUUGGGCUCAAGCAGUAUCUCCUGAGAACACUCCUGCAAACUAUGAAGCCAUUGCUCAUACCUACAGCUUGCUUUUGUUGUUUUCUGGAUGCAAGGCAUCCAUUCUUGAGGCUCUUACUCAGAGCUUUCAGGUUGCAUUUGCUUUGAGGCACUAUUCACUAACUGAAGCAGAAUUACCACCAUCUCGACGCCGCUCCUUGUUUACUCUGGCUACAGCCAUGACAAUUUUCUCUUCAAGAGCUUUCAAUGUGGCACCUCUUAUUCCAAUCUGUAAACAGAUGAUUAAUGACAAAACGGGCGAUCCAUUCCUCCAUAUAGUGGAUGAUAGUAAACUUCAGGCUGUGAAAGAUUCCCCUGAUAACCCAUCGAAAAUAUACGGAUCACCAGAGGACAAUGCUAGCGCGUUGAAGGCCCUUGAAGCAAUAGAAGUAUCAGAAAAUCAAUCUCGAGAGUGCAUCGUCUCUACAAUCAUGAACAAUAUAGCAAAUAUUAUUGAUGCAGAGUUGCACAGUGUGAGAAGCCAACUGCUAAGUGACUUCGCUCCCGAUGACAUGUGCCCAAUGAGCAAUCAGUUCUUUGAAGAAUCUGCUGAGCAUUCAGUAUCAGGAUCUCAUGAGAAUGGCCACCAUGAAGAGGCUAUGCUGAUUGACCUGGGAAAUGAGAACGAUAUCUUUGGGGAAGCUUCAGGAAGUACAGCAGCUUCUGCAACAUCUGUACCUACUGCAGAUCUUAUGAGUAUUGAUCAGCUUCUCGAAACAGUCGGCGCAGACCCUGCACAUCAUACGGAAAAAUCUUUUGUGUCAGCAGACAUGCCAUACAUGGAAAUGACUAGCCAAUGCGAAGCCCUGACGAUGGGGAAACAGCAGAAGAUGUCUACCUUCAUGAGCUUCCAGACGAACAUGCAAGCAGCUCCGCUGCCAAGCCAUCAGCCCAGCCAGAUGGAGAUGGCUCUCUUCCAUGAUCCGCCGUUGCCUCAGGCCGGGGCGCAGAGCACGAACCCGUUCGCCGACGACAACUUCAAGGGUUACCCUGAGUACACGAACACCGGCAACCCGCAGCCGGCAGAUGAUCCCUUCCAGCAACAUUUCCUGAAGCUGCCGGCGUCAAGCCCCUAUGACAACUUCCUCAGGGCUGCAGGCUGCUGAGGCGAAUGAGUUUCAGCCCGGAGCAGCAGCAGCAAGUCUGUCGUGUCACGUCUCGACGCAUGGUAGUACCGAAACAGGUACGUAGUUCGCACGGAUCAGGAUCUCAGGUUGCUCACCAGAAAUGUGGCAAUGCCCAUUGAUGGUUUUUUGCCGGAAAAAGGCUGUAAUAUAUCCGCGCGCGCGCGCACGCGCUGUUAGAGGGUCGACCGGAUUCAGCACCCAUUCUUUCCAUUCUUUGUGUAUAAUAGUGGUAUAUAGGUUGGUUGCUGUCUUGUAUAUUAUCUCCAUCUCGGUGACGCGUAGAGAGGGACUGGGGGGAGCAGUGCCUUCUGGUGCCUUCUGGCGCAGAAGUGUUUGCAUCCAUGUAACAUAACAUGCUGCCACAAUGGCAGCAGAUUGCAGGAAUAUAUGAUGAAAAUGGUGUGUAUAAUAUGUGUA